AUGUAUGAGGAAGAUGAAGCUGAGGAGAUGCCCUUUGAGGGUGAUGACGAUGAGGAAAUCUCAUCCGAACAGUGGCAGGAGGCAUGUUGGGUGGUGAUAUCGGCGUAUUUCGAUGAGAAGGGUUUGGUGAGACAACAAUUGGACAGUUUCGACGAAUUUAUUCAGAUGAAUGUUCAACGAAUUGUCGAAGACUCACCUCCGGUUGAAUUGCAGUCGGAAGUUCAGCAUUAUUCUGGUACUNUUGUUAUUAUUAUUAUUUCUGUUUGCAGAUCAUCGUACUGUAUGCUUUCGAACAUGUCCGAUCGAGAUCUCACUGAGCUGAAUGAGUGCCCGUUGGAUCCGGGAGGAUAUUUUAUUAUCAAUGGCUCCGAAAAGGUAUUAAUCGCACAGGAGAAGAUGGCCACGAAUACAGUGUAUGUUUUCUCGAUGAAAGAUGGCAAAUACGCUUAUAAAACGGAGUGUCGUUCGUGUUUGGAGAACUCGAGUCGUCCUACGUCAACGCUCUGGGUGAAUAUGUUGGCACGAGGAGGAUCGUCGAAGAAAUCGGCAAUGGGGCAGCGAAUCAUUGCAAUUCUGCCAUAUAUUAAGCAGGAAAUUCCAAUAAUGAUCGUAUUCCGUGCGUUGGGUUUUGUGUCGGAUCACGAUAUUUUGGAGCAUAUCAUCUACGAUUUUGAAGAUCCAGAAAUGAUGGAGAUGGUGAAGCCAAGUUUGGACGAGGCAUUCGUCAUACAGGAACAAAACGUAGCGUUGAAUUUCAUUGGUUCGCGUGGCGCAAAACCGGGUGUAACAAGAGAGCAACGUAUCAAGUAUGCAAAAGAGAUUCUUCAAAAGGAAAUGUUACCACACGUUGGCAUAUCGGACUUUUGUGAAACGAAGAAAGCUUAUUUCAUUGGUUAUAUGGUACACCGUCUUUUGUUGGCUGCAUUGGGUAGACGUGAGCUGGAUGAUCGUGAUCAUAUCGGCAACAAACGACUGGAUUUGGCCGGACCCUUGCUGGCAUUCCUGUUCAGAGCACUCUUCAAGAAUCUGCUCAAAGAGGUUCGAUUGACUGCGCAAAAAUAUAUCAACAAGAAUGGCGAUUUCAUUCUGGAUGCAUGCGUUAAAACAACCACGAUAACACGAGGUCUUGCCUAUUCGUUGGCCACUGGCAAUUGGGGUGAUCAGAAGAAGGCGCAUCAAUCCAGAGCUGGUGUUAGUCAGGUGCUGAAUCGUCUCACCUACACAGCCACUCUCUCACAUUUGCGUCGUUGUAAUUCACCGAUUGGCCGCGAAGGUAAACUGGCUAAACCGCGUCAGCUACACAACACCCAAUGGGGCAUGGUGUGUCCAGCAGAAACACCCGAAGGUCAAGCGGUCGGUCUUGUCAAGAAUCUAGCCUUGAUGGCGUAUAUAUCUGUCGGAAGUUUACCCGAACCAAUUCUGGAGUUUUUGGAGGAAUGGUCGAUGGAGAAUCUCGAAGUGUGUCGUCCAUUGUUGAUUGUUGAAAAUCAGAAAUUGGUUCUGAAAAAGAAACAUAUCGAUCAGUUGAAAGACACAAACGUGACUUACGCGUGGUCUGAUCUUGUGGCUGGCGGUGUGGUGGAGUUGAUUGACGCGAUGGAAGAGGAGACAGUGAUGUUAGCGAUGAUGCCUGAAGACUUGCGUGCAGGUGGUUAUUGUGAUACGUACACGCAUUGCGAGAUCCAUCCGGCGAUGAUUCUGGGUGGUUAUUGUGAUACGUACACGCAUUGCGAGAUCCAUCCGGCGAUGAUUCUGGGUGUUUGUGCAUCGAUUAUCCCAUUCCCGGAUCAUAAUCAGAGUCCCAGGAAUACAUAUCAGAGCGCUAUGGGUAAGCAAGCAAUGGGUGUUUAUACGACGAAUUUCCAUGUUCGGAUGGACACACUAGCGCAUGUGUUGUAUUAUCCGCAGAAGCCGUUGGUUACGACCCGUUCGAUGGAAUAUCUGAGAUUCAACGAGCUACCCGCUGGUAUUAACGCAAUUGUAGCAAUCCUUUCGUACACAGGCUAUAACCAGGAGGACUCGGUGAUCAUGAACCAGUCUGGAAUAGAUAGAGGUCUCUUCAGAUCGGUCUUCUAUCGUUCGUAUCGCGAUCAGGAAGCGAAUCUGGACAAUUCAAAUGAAGAACUCAUUGAGAAACCUACGAGGGAUAAAUGCUCGGGAAUGCGUCAUUCGUUGUAUGAUAAACUGGACGAGGAUGGUAUAAUAUCACCAGGAAUGCGAGUUUCUGGUGACGAUGUCAUUAUUGGCAAAACGAUAUCACUUCCUGAGCAGGAGGAUGACUUGGAUGCAAAUGCGAAAAAGUAUACGAAACGUGAUGCGAGUACAUUCUUGAGAAGUAGUGAGACGGGUAUUAUUGAUCAGGCGAGUUCGAUUCGUUAUUUUUUCUUGUUUUUUGUGUUCAUUAAGAAAUUGUUUCCGGAAUGUUUAUUGUAUAAUAUAAAUGUUUUGUUCAAUAUCAUAUUCGUACAAGCUGUUAUCCACAUGCAUAUUCUUCAGGUUAUGUUAACACUGAACACAGACGGUAAUAAAUUCGUGAAAAUUCGUGUGCGUUCAGUGCGUUUACCGCAGAUUGGUGAUAAGUUUGCGUCGAGACACGGUCAAAAGGGUACGAUGGGUAUUAUGUACAGACAGGAAGAUAUGCCGUUUACGAAUGAGGGCAUUACUCCAGACAUUAUCAUUAAUCCGCAUGCAGUACCGUCGCGUAUGACGAUUGGUCACUUGAUCGAAUGUCUGCAAGGAAAGUUAUCUGCAAACAAAGGAGAAAUCGGUGACGCGACACCGUUCAACGACACAGUAAAUGUGCAGAAGAUCAGCAAUCUGCUCUCAGAAUAUGGUUAUCAUUUGCGUGGCAAUGAAGUCAUGUACAAUGGACACACUGGACAUAAACUAACAACUCAGGUAUUCCUCGGACCAACAUAUUAUCAACGUUUGAAGCAUAUGGUGGAUGAUAAGAUCCAUUCGAGAGCCAGAGGACCGGUGCAGAUGAUGAAUCGACAACCGAUGGAGGGAAGGGCAAGAGACGGUGGUUUGCGUUUCGGCGAAAUGGAACGUGAUUGUCAGAUCUCACACGGUGCUGCACAGUUUCUGCGUGAACGUCUCUUCGAGGUAUCGGAUCCGUAUCAUGUAUACGUUUGUAAUAAUUGUGGUCUCAUUGUUAUUGCCAAUCUGCGUACGAAUACGUUCGAGUGUAAGGCAUGUCGCAAUAAAACGCAAGUUUCGGCAAUUCGGAUCCCGUACGCCUGCAAACUACUUUUCCAAGAGCUGAUGUCGAUGUCGAUUGCACCACGUCUUAUGGUCUCAUAA